ACAAAAGAUUUGAAAUUAUACAUAGUUUAGUAUCAUCGUCUAUGCAACUUUUACUAGUAACUGACUGGUAGUCACAAAUCGCCAUGGAUGAUUCGGAUGUUGAUGACAUCCAUUUGGAUAUUUUCCGAGAACUAGAUACUGAUCUCAUAGAGAUUUUCAGACGGGGUCAACAAGGUUCAUUAUUUAGUGGAUUACCUGCUGGACAGCAUAAUCAACGAUUAGAUACAUUAAAUGAAUAUAUUAUAGCCAGAACUGAUCAACUUAGUAGUCGGAGGCAUCAUGAAAGGGAGAGAGAUUUGUAUUCAAGAAGUUUGUUCUAUUUUGUAUGGAUUUUUGGAUUAUUACCGUUGCCGCCUUUAAGAUUACAUUCAAUAUGGAGGCGAUAUAAGCCCACUAAUUUAAAAACCUUUAUAAUAAAGUUAAUAACUAGAAUACUAAUGUUAUGUGUUAAAGUGAUUAGGUUUAUCUCAUUUAUAAUAGCUUCAAGUGCAUAUUUACAUGGUAUUUUACGAAACUUAUUAAUAUUCAGUAAUUUCCUUACAUUUUCAGAAAACUUUAUGAGAGAUGUAUUAACUUAUAUAAUUAAGGAUUCUCAAGAUAUUCUUGAUAGACAUAUACAAGUGAAGAAACAUGGAGGUGAUUUAUUUUAUUUUACGAAUUAUAAUGAUUAUCUGCUACUCGAUACCAUUAAGAAUGUUCUUAUUAAUUGGUUAGCUAAAUGCAUAUCCUCUGAUUGUUUAUUCUAUAAGCAAGAAGAUCAUCCAGUUGAUAUUGAAUGUCUGAUACUGACCAAUAGUUUAAUAUUUAAGUUUUCUGAUGUACUAGUAGCUUUUUUCCCAUCAUUUUCAAAUGAAAGAAUGACAUUUUAUUUGAAAUCUAGUACAGUUAUGAUAUUUGUACUUUAUGCAUUGAUUGGAGAUCUCGUUUGUAUGAAUAUAAUGGUGUUUUUCUUUUAUAAUAUUGGUAAACGAGUUGUGGGUUAUAAAUCAGUGUUUGGGAAUUUGGGAGCUAUCGUGUAUCAUACGUUAUUUAGCGAAGUUUGCUAGAAUUAUCAUAAAUAACAAAUAUAUGGUUAUUAAAAAUAUGUGUACUGUAAAUUUACUAGUUUUAUAACUAUUGUAUUCAACUAAUAUCUCUACCUUUCAGUUGUAAGUCACUAUGUUGCAAAAUGGUGUUGUCUAAAUAAGCGACAAUUGAUCUCAAAUAAGACAUAGUUUGCGACAAAACCUGCAGAUACCGAUUCUUCAAAUUUAUGGGGAAAUAUCUUUAAUUGGUGGGGGUUUGUAU